UUUCGACCGUCAAAAAAAAUAACCUUUAUCUAAAUUAAAGGAAACCUAACUAGACCCGUAUCUUUCUAAAGAGCUCAUUUUCUAAUGUGGUGGUUGUAAAGACUAGAUUUCACAAAUAAGCUGUUGAUCAAAUAAUACCUAGCGCGAUGUGAAGGGUAGCCAUGAAAACGCAGCACUUCAAAACGGAACGAAACGCUAAAGAUGUCUACUUACAGACGCACCAAUUCACAUUAAAACUGAAAUGGAAUGGCCACUUGCAAGGGUUUCUCUAAAGCAUGGUACAACUGGCUAAAAACGCACUGACUUCCAAAUGUCUGCAUAUUACUAGAGACAAGAAGCCCUACUGUUGUAAAUUUGACAGAUACACACGUUGCGGAAGCAUCCUGCUAAACUAGGCUCCCUUCAAUUUGUGCUCACCGCAACCAACAGUCUGAAACGAGCGGACAUGCAGACCGGCUAGCUGGCAAGCUACUAAUCAGCGCUAGUUUAUGCCACGGCGGGUGGCUGGAUUGAGCAAUAAACAGACGACGUUGAAAAAUAAAAAUUUUAAAAAGCAAAUAUGUCAACACAAACGAGUCUUAAAAAUCAAAAUCAUGAUCACCACCCCUGCCAAAGCUAUCCCACCAACCACAAACAGAGACUAAUAGAAGCCCAUAGAGAAACGAGAGCGGGCGCUCCCCAGACGUCACCCUUUCCACCGUCUCCAUUUUAACUCCUCGCCCCUGCUACUGCCUCACGUGUCCCGGACUGUCUUUCUCACAUGACCGAUGUGUUUGUCCCCGUGAUCAACACUUCCAUCUCCGAGAGUCUGUCCCUGAACAUCACGUUUUAAAUUUAACCCUGAUGGAUGUGCUUGAACACAGCUUGGACACCGCUACGAGUCACGAAAAACAGGAAACGGUGAAGGUUGUACAGGAAGGGGAAGAGCUCAGGGGGGCAGAGCAGUCCACGGUUGCCAUAGCAAGCAUCCAGGAGGCCAGCGCAUUCGGGGAUCACAAUGUCCAGUACCAGUUUCGCACAGAAAAGAGCGGCGAGCAGGUGACAUACCAUGUUGUCCAGGUAACAGAUGACCAGUUAGAGGCAGGAGGUGAUGGAGGUGGGGCUGUUAGCGUUGUCUCUACUGCUGCCUUUUCAGGAGCCACGCAAGCUGUCGCACAGGCUGUGAUCCAGAACCCUUUCAGUAAUGGGGGCAGCCCAGCAGGGGAGUCUGUCACAGGGGAGACGCGUUUCUACUUCCCUGCUGCUACUCUGAGCGACGGGACAGGGGCGGUGUCCGUACAGGCUGCUGCAGAGCCGACGCUCACACAGGCUGGAGGCCAGCUCUAUGUGAUGAUGAGUCCCCCUGAGGUGCUGCAAUCUGCGACGCCCCGCACCAUCGCGCCCCGAACGCACCCCUACUCCACGAAGAUAGAUGGGCCUCGGGUGCCCAGGGAUGAGAGGAGGAGGGCACAGCACAAUGAAGUGGAGAGGCGGAGAAGAGAUAAAAUCAACAACUGGAUCGUCACACUGUCCAAGAUCAUCCCUGAUUGCAGCACGGAUAACAGCAAGAGCAAUGCGAGUAAAGGUGGGAUCCUGUCCAAGGCUUGUGAUUACAUCCGAGAGCUCAGGCAGAACAACCAGAGGCUCCAGGAGAGUUACAGGGAGGUGGAGAAGAUCCAGGUGGACAAUGAGCUGCUCAGACAACAGAUCGAGGAGCUGAAGAAUGACAAUGCCUUGCUGCGGGCGCAACUCCAACAACGCGGGAUCACAGCAGCAGGAGAGACGGCCUCACAGUGAGACACACAGUCUCACACACGCACACACGCGUGCUGAGGGACAGGAGAGGAGGAAAAGGAAGAUGACUACUACUGAAGAAAAAGUGGCCCUCUGUGAUUAUGUCCUCUUUGUAGAUAAAGUACUCAGAUGUGUUGAGGAGAGAUGGAUCCUGCUCUAAUUCUGUCUUUUAUAAGAAACGCCUUCACAGCAUUCUCCUCCAGAUGCAGGACUCCGGAACCCUCUCUUCUGUUUAACUGCUUUGAAUUCUGAACGACGAUCUUUGCAUUACUGCCACUGUUUUAUUUAUACCAUCGUUAUUGUUUUCGCCUUUUAUUUUCAUUGUUCUUUGUGAAUGAUUGAUUCUGUUUUUCCAGCCAUUAGUUGUAUUUUUUGCUUUCACUGAUUGACUGUAGCCCCAGUGGAGCAGGCGAAUCCCUAGGGCUCGGGGAAGCAGAGCGCUGUGCCAGAUAAAAUUGAAUCGCUCAGAACAGCACACACAACCGUGUGGCGUUUUGCUCAUGGAUGUUGGGACUCUUCUUAUUUAACCCUAAAAGUGCAACCACAGCUUAGACUUCAUUAAUCAAAUCACUUGCAGAAUUUAUAUGUUGUUUCAGAAUUGGCUGAAAUAAGCAUAUGUUUUUAAGUGACCAUAGGAGCUGACAAAGCCAAAUAAGGAAUCCAAGUAAGAGCACCAUGGCACUUUUGCUUGUCCUCUGUCAUGAGUCGUGACAGUAGUUUACAAUUCACACACUGGUUUUCAAAAGGACCCUUUCCCCCUGUGUUGUCUCAUUUCAAACAUGGCCGGCCAGUGGGGUGGGAUUCUGAGGGUUCCAAUGUUGUCUACAGCAGUCAGAAACAUUAUCUAUUAAGAUUGUUAGCCUUUCAGUAAGUAACACAUCUGUACAGCACAUGGUUAAUAUUACACAUUUUAUAGAAAACAAGAGUCUGAAAGGAGGGCUGAGUUAUUUUACAUAUUUGUUUCAGCAAAGUCAUGAAAUAGAAGUCAGUCUAGCUUUGCAAGUCACUUGAUAUUAGAAUUUAUUACGUGUGUGUUAAGCAGGGAUCACAGCAACAAAAGUUAAAUGCGAUAAGUGAGCUCAUAUUUUUACUAUUAGAAUAUUGACUGUAUAAUAGUAUGCCUUUGGAAUGUGUCUGUAUGUGUGUGUAUGAAAAAUAUGUGUAUGAUUGUAUGAGGAAUUACAUUAGUGAGUUUUUAGCGCUAACAAAGGUGCUUUUGCUUGUACUUAAAAAAGCCAGGUAUACAAACUAGUAUUUUAUUUUUUUCAACAGUAAAAUGCUAUCACUCCGGUUAAUAGAAAAACCUGAGGAGGAAUCAUUGUCACCCAUUUGUCCCCCUUAGAUCACACUAAGGUCAACAAGGUCAUGUUUCUCAACUCAAGGUCACAUGGUGACAUCAUGCAGACCGUAUUUUAUAAAUUCUGCAAUAUUCACACCCAUAAUCGCACCUGAUCAAGCUGACACUCAGAUGAAGUGAGCAAUGGUGCUUCGGAAAAAAAAAAUGAUUUCAUGGACUAACUGAUAAUUUCAUCUCUUGCCUAUUGAGUCUCAAGUUUUAGAUUUGAUUUGUUUUUGAAUAGUGUAGUACGGAUGCUUAAACUAUUGAACUAAUGUUCAGGUAAAAUGAACAAACUUAAAACUUUUAUUUAUUUGUAUCCUUUUUUUGAUGUGGUAAAAUGGAAAGCUAACAGAAGAGCAGCAGCAAUGGACCAAUGGGAGGGCCCCUCAUUAGGAAGUCCUCACACCAAUAGCUGCAUGUCUUUAAAUUAGUAAGGAUGCACUUUUGAUAAAUAAAAUGUAAAAUAUGUGUAAAACGAGAUUUUCUGGAUCCUUUAACAGAAUGCUGUUGUCGGUUCACACAAGAUCAGUUCAGUUUUUAAGUCUCAGUCCGCACCAUCAAAGCCAUGGGUCUCCUGUCUGCUCCCUCACUCUGUUGUUCUUACCCGUUUCUCCCUUUCUCUGUGUUAAUGUCUUUUUGGAGUUAGAGAUCUGCUCUCUGGUUCACUCCCUCUGUCUCCAUGUCUGUUUGCCGUUAAGUUCUGUUGCCUCUAUUAAUGCUGUCAGGCUUUGGCCCAGCUCGUGGUCAGCUGGCCUGAGACUGUUCAUUUGCAGCCAUGAAUAAUUUCCAUCCUCUCCUGACAAGUGUUACAUAUACAUGUGUACACAUACUCUAUAGAUGGAGUCUGUCCUUGUGCAACAAUUACAUAAAAGGAAUUUACAACAGAUGUUCCGGUCCCCAAAUCCCCUUCAUUUAAAAUCUUCUUCCAGGAAUCAGCCAUUUCUUUCUUGUUUUAUGUACAGAACGUGUUUGCACUGCAUCCACAGGGCUCAUGACUAACCACUGCUAAUUAGUAUGCAAUGAUGUGAGCAUGCACCUUCUAAGUCAAAACUAGAAUGAAAACCUAUGA